CAGGCCGUCCUCUCACCACAGCACUUGGGCCAUUGACACGCGCUGAACUAACCAGUGUCACUUCACUCACAUCUAACCUGUUUCACUGUCACUCAUCUAGUACCCGACAAGUCUUCCAAGAUGCCGUCGUUCGAUCGUAUCUACGCUUCGUCGCCGGUUCUCGCCUUUCCACCCCAGGCAGCUCACCAAGUCUCGCUGGGCAAGUCCUUCCUGCAGCACCAAGCCAUGUCCCUCGGCCAGCCAACUUCAUGGCGCGCGCAACUUGUUCGGACCUGCUCAGCCGCCGGUCGCAAGCGGUCAAGAGACGAGGCCUCUGUCAAUCUCGACCCGCCAGAGAAGGUGGUCGAGCCUCCUGUCGUCAAAGAAGCAGAGGAUGAAUGGAUCUACGGUCCUGGGAUGACACUCAUCAAGAAGUCCGCUGGCUAUGUCGCCGAUGCCAGCACCCAGUCUGGCACGUGGGUUGAGGAAAGGGCGGCUAAAGAAGAGGCGCGCAAGGCUGAAGCCGCUCUUCUUGCGCAAGAGCAAUUGGCCCAGUCGCGGCCUUCAUUGAGAAGCCAUAAAUCUCAACGGCUCGACAUUGCGACUUCGACCAACGCAGACAGCAGGUCAAACCGUCGCGCUAGCCCCACUCGCGAAGCGAUCAAUCCAAUGGCCGCAUCCUCGGAUUCCCCUGCGCAGCCAAUCGUGGACGACUUCACCCUUCACCUUGGCAUCGGCUGGAGCCGAAUCAGUGACGAAGAGCACAUCCAGGCGGCCGCCCGUGGAUGGGCUCGCUUCAUCGAAAACCAUUAUCCCGUUACCAACGUCAAGAUUCUCCUGGAAAGCCGCGGCCUCCAGUCGUACCUGGUCGAAGCUACCGAAGGAUAUUUCUUAUUCGCGGAGAACCUUCGUCAAGGCCGACUCGUCAGCAAGACUCCCGAAGGCGCUCUUCGCAACCUGAAGACCUCGCCGCCUGUCUUUGACGGGCCGCACACUAUGGAUGCGUCCGAAUUGGCCAAGCCGCACGGCUCCUUUGCGGCUGUCGCCUCGGUUGAGAUCGAUAUGAGCUGAAAAACCUUGGGAUUCUGGUCUUGGCGUUACAGGGAUGUGCUUGUUUUGCGGCGCGACUUGCUGAGCAGCCAGUGGCCGGAAUGGCGUUGAAUUGGCACCGUCGAGGCGACUGACGUUUCUCUGAUCCUUAUGGCUUCGAA